CGCGCCGCGCCGCGGGCUGGGGAGCAGUGCUGCGCCGUGCCGAGCCUGCCCAUCGCCGGGGCGAGCAGCGAGCGGGGGCGCGGCCCCGGGACGCCGACCAGGUGAAGGAGGCCCUCAGACUGGCACCAUGACAGAGUGCUUUGAUUGUGACAACUGCAAGGAGUCCUUGUAUGGGCGCAAGUACAUCCAGAUGGACAAUGGCCCCUACUGCAUCCCCUGCUACGAUGCCCACUUUGCCAACACCUGUGAUGAGUGCAAAGAGCUGAUCGGUCACGACUGCAGAGAGCUGUACUACGAGGAUCGCCAUUACCACGAGCAUUGCUUCCGUUGCUUCCGCUGCGACCGCUCCCUGGCCGACGAGCCCUUCACCUGCCAAGGAGAGGAGCUGCUGUGCAAUGACUGCUACUGCAGCGAGUUCUCCUCCAAAUGCAUUGCCUGUGAGAAGACAGUCAUGCCAGGAUCCCGUAAGCUGGAGUACAAUGGGCAGACUUGGCAUGAGCACUGCUUCAUCUGCAGCAGCUGCCAGCAGCCCAUUGGCUCCCGCUCCUUCAUCCCAGACAAGAAGGAUUAUUACUGUGUGCCCUGUUACGAGAGCAAGUUCGCUCCUCGCUGCACCCGUUGCAAAAAGACCCUGACCAAGGGAGGAGUGACUUACCGGGAUGAGCCGUGGCACAAGGAGUGUUUCGUCUGCACAGGCUGCAAGACCCCCCUGGCUGGCCAGCAGUUCACCUCCCAGGAUGACAACCCUUACUGCAUCAAGUGCUUUGGGAACCUCUAUGCCAAGAAGUGCAGUGCCUGCACGAAGCCCAUCACAGGCUUUGGUGGUGGCAAAUACGUCUCCUUUGAGGACCGGCACUGGCACCACAACUGCUUCAACUGCGCGCGCUGCAGCACGUCGCUGGUGGGGAAAGGCUUCAUCCCCGACAGCGAGCAGAUCCUGUGCCGCGACUGCUCCAGCGACCUCUGAGCCUCGGACACACCCCGGGCCAGGGGCUGCCUCUACUCUUCAGGGUCUUUGUGCCAGACACCCCCAGAGCAUCGCAAGGGGCAGGGCACAAGGAGCGGGAGAUGGGGGCUGAGCCUGAACCGUGGUGUGUUCAGGGGGUUGCUGUGGCCCUCCCUGAAGGUUGGAGUCUGCUGUGCUGUGGCUCUGUGCAGAGUCAAAGCUCAAGCAAGUUGAAAAGGGAGCUUCAAGACCCACCCCCCCAUUAUUUACUCUUUUCUUUUGCUUCCUCUCUGCUCAGGCACAAGCUGAGCCCAGGGCCCCAGCCAAGCAAAGGGUGCCAGCAGCAGCUUCAGCGUUGGGUGCUGGAUCUGCAUGCUGCCUGCAUGUAUUUGCUCCCCCUGGCACAGUGCUGACUUUUUUCCCCCUCUUUCCCCACGUGCUUCCCUUGCUCUGUGUGAUACGAGGCAGCAGCUCCUGGACCCUGCAGCUUGGCCAUGGUGGCCUGUGUAGCAGGUGCCUUUCCAUUAGUGCAGCUGGCCUGUGGCAGUCCAGGAGUGAAGGGUGCUCUCUGCCCUGUUUGGAAGGUUUGGGGACACCAGGCUGGAGUGUGACCAGGAGAAGAGCACAUGUCCUCCCAGAUGGGAUCCACCACCAGAUUUCUGUAGCCACCUCACCAUUUGCAGGCCAGCCCCUUUGCUCUGCACAUCUCCCUGGAGCUGCUCUCACUCAGAUGUGGAUGGGGAGCUCAAAUAAUUUGGGGUCCAGUCCAGAUGUGCUGUGAUUUCCCACAGCUGCCUCUGAGCUGGAGCUGGUGGUCCUCCCUGAGGUGCUCCUGGCUAAGCCCCAGAGCUGUGCUGAAGUCUGAGAGCACUCACAGUCCUGCUCCAUCCCUCUCGUGGGGAACCAUGGGAUGGGCACUGCCUGCCUCGCUGAGCCACCAGCAGCACAAGUCAACACCAAAGCCCUCUCAUUAAUUCAGGGAAGGGAGUGUUGCCCACAGGCUGUGGCUGUGCUCAGGGGCUGCUGGGAGCACUGGAGGGGUCAGUGGUUAAGGUCAGAGAGGUCAGCUCAGGGGGCAUUUGGGGUGUCCAGAACCUGCUCUGCCAGGGCUGUGUCCCCCCCUAGCCCCAGCAUGCAGAGAGCAGCAGCUCCCCACAGCCACACAUCCCUCCCUGUGUCCCAAGCAGCAGAGCAACACAAAGGUGGCACCUGGGCUGCCCUGAGCAGGGGCUUCACAACUCCUAAGUCCCUGCAUUGGCCCUAACCACACAAAACAGGACACCUUGAGCAGUGGGAUGCUCGUGCCCCCCUUGUCUCUGUAUCCUUUUUGCUUCUGUCUUUGCUGGGGCACUUAGUGCUGACCCUGCUUUCCUGCUUAGCCAGCCAUGUGCAUUUCUGAAAGCUUCUUCUUUUGUUUGGUUUGUUGGGGUUGGUUUUUUUCCCCUUUUGUACUCUUUUUGUGAUGAAUACCUGGCAUUUUGUAACCAACUGCAGGAUGGAGGGGGGCUGUGUCCUCUGCCCCCCCAUCCCCUGACUUCACUUAGGAACAGGAAAUGUUAUGCAUGUUGAAGUGUUAUUAACUCUGUAUGCAGAUCCUUGCUGAGCCCUCCUAGGAAAGCUUUGAUGCAGGCAAAUCAGAGUUUGUGUGUUUGAGGAGCUUGGAGCAGUCUCUAGAAGGAAAUGUCCUGAACCUCAGCCUCCUGUGUAUUUCCUACAGCUUUACAUAAUAAACCCUUUUAGUGACAGUC